GGACAUCCGGCACGUGCCGACCAAUCUGUGCGCUGUAUUCUCGACUCAUCAAAAUGUCAAUACAUCGAGAGCAAUUAGAAUCGCCGGAUUAUUUCGUCCUUUUUUCGGCCUUGCCGGAAAACUAUACCUACUGCAUGAACUAUAUGAAUUUAACCUAACAUCUGUAUUUUUAACCUUUUUAUCGCUGUAAUAUAACUUUAGUAAAGUUAUGUUGAGUAAUAAGUUAUUAAUAGAAAUCUUACGAUUCAUACAUAAAAGAACAAGCUAAUCCACUUAGGAAAGAAAGCGCUGUUAGAAUGAAUUUUAGAUUUGAGUUUUAAUAUGCAUAAAUUUAAUACGUUGAAGUCUUCAAAGUCGCCAUUAAGACGUCUUUAUUCCAGUAAUCAUACUAAAUCGUCAAAAAAUCAUUAUGAUACAUUAAAGAUUACACCACAUGCUACUCAGAAUGAAGUGAAAUCAGCGUACUACAGGUUAUCUCUUCAGUAUCAUCCUGAUAAAAAUAAGAGUGGAUAUGCAAGACAAAAGUAAGACAUAUCAGAUGCCUAUGAAGUACUCGGCAAUUAUGAAUCGCGCAAGAAUUAUGACAGAGAUACAAUUAUUCGUCAACAACCAGUGUCCGAUACUACUCAAGAGCCUAUGUCUCAAUAUAAACAAAAAGUCUAUACAGGAAGUUCCAGAAUUUAUAAUUUUGAUGAAUGGACACAGGCACAUUAUGGAAGGACACUGAAUUUGGCUCGUAUAAGGAGGGAUAGGUAUGAGCAAUACAAACAGAUGGAAGAAUUAAAUCGUACAGGUACUUCUCACAGCAUAGAAUUUCUUAUGUUAUUAUUUACUGUAAUGAUAGCUGCUAUAUAUAUGCGGCGAAAGAUAGAUAAACCAAUAGAUAAAAUUGAAAAAGAUAUAAAGUUGAUAGUAACAAAAAUUAGCCAAUGUAUUUAUUUUAAAUAGUAUAAAUUAAUCUGUUUUAAGAUUAAAUGUACAAAUUUAUUUUUAUGUUAACCUCUUAUUGUUACAUUCACUAGUAAAUAAAGAAAAUUAGAUUAUAGUAAAAAGAUUAAAUAUACAUGUAUAUUAUUUUAUAUAGCCCUCAAAAAGAUAAUAUACAUACAUGUUAAAAGUUGUACAGCACAGUUAUUAGAUUAACUUAUAUGUGUGUGUUAGUGCAUUAUGACACAAAAAGAUCAAAUAUCUCCCUUGUACAGUAACUCUAGAAAAGAUUUCAAAAGUGUUACCAUCACAACUAUAAGACUUGAGAUAAAUGUAAAACAAUUAUGUGUAAUUAUAGACUGUACAUAAUAUUACGCAAUAUGUAAAAGUGAAAAAUUAAUUUGCAAAACAAGUUUUGUGUACAAAAAAUUGUAAAAUUAGAGCUUAUGUGCGCUAUGACUAAAUAUACAGAUAUAUUUUAAAAACAAAUAAAUAUCCAACAUGUAA